AUGAUGGAGUAUGUCGAUGAUGGCGGCGAUAGCUCUUCAGAUGUUUCUGAUAUGCAUUACGCUAAGGGGGUGAUGACUAUCAUCUACAUCACUGUGUUCCUAAUUGGUACUCCGGGAAAUCUUUGGAUCAUCUGCAAACUAAUACAAGCAAGGUUACUGAGUACACACGCCGCGGUUGGUGUCUCCCAACGAUCUCGGAUCUACAUCUUUGCGCUCGCUUGUUCAGACCUAGUAUUGCUGCUCACGUUACCGCUCACUGCCAGUUACAACUACAAGGGCACGUGGAUAUUUGGAGAAUUUAUGUGCUACGCUCAUCUGACCAUCGAAAUUGUGGCGAAGUUAUUCUCAGUGGUGUUGUUGACAGUGGUGAGUCUGGAGAGGUACUUCAUCGUCUGUACAAGGCUGCGGACAGUCUGUGGUUCGUGGAUGACGACUGUCCCUCUUGUCAUUGGAACACUGUUCUGCGUAGUAGUUCCCUCUACCUUUCACUUUUUCCAUAUCAUUCAUCAUAGGUUCACUAUUCCAGGCAUGGACCACAUCACCGUUUGCAUUCCAAACAUGGACGAUCACGUGUUCAAUAUGUACGCUCAAUAUACUUUCGUCGUCGGUUUCGUGAUACCUUUCGCUUUGAUGACCAUCUGUUACAUUCUUCUCGUUCGACAUGUUCGAGCGAAAUUUAGGAAUAGAAAAGUGACUGUUAGCUCGUCGAAGGCGAUACGGGAGCCACGAUACAUGCAUGAAAUGCGUAAAUCUAUCUGGCGGAUCGCAGUCUUUCAUUUCAUCUGCUGGGCUCCAUUCUGGGCGUUUGCCAUCGUACCACAUUAUAUAGCCCAAUUAUGGGGACACGAAGUUCUAGAACAGCUUCCUGGAUGGUACAUAUACUGUCGAUUGUUUGCGAAUUGCUUACCGUAUAUUAACGCAGCUGGUAACUGGGUUUUAUACGCUUUGCUUAACUACGAUGUUCGCAAGCAUAUAUACACUAGACCAUAUCAACGAUUUCUCUUCUCAUCAUUGUCGACUGUGUAG